AUGUCUUCAGGCACAGCCGUUGCCUCAACGGCCGUUUGUGGUUUUAAUACCUUGGUAUUGAUCUACGCGGUAACCACAACCGGCUCUUUACUGUUAACUGAAUGUGCUUGGCUAAGUUUCUUCUCCACAGCCGUUCUUCUUAUUGCUACGUACGGAGAAACCUUUGCUAGACGUCAGGGAAAGGCUGGAAAGUAAGUUCUCUAUUUUAUUUUUGUUUUUAGGUUUUUAAAUUAUCUGUAACAACGUUGACAUCAAGAUACUAACUACAAUAUAGCUAUUUUCUCCUUUUAUCUCGGUUUUUCAGAUAUACAUAUGGGUUCGCUCGUCUCCCAGUUCUAGCGGUAUUUAGCUCGACUGCUAUUGUACAAUUAUCAGCUGUCUUUGUGUUAAAAGAAAGUUUGGAGACAAUAUUGGACUUGGGGCAUCAUCAUGGAGCUCAUGAAUCACAUGCGUCGUUAUUUUUUCUGUCUACUGUAUUGGUUUCGUUAUCCUUAACAUUGGCAGCUUACUCGAUUCCUCACAACCCUUUUAAUCACGUUCUGGCUGCUGCAUCUUCUUCUAUUGUUCAGGUACGUUUAUUUGUUUACUUUUUCUUGUUUAGGGAUGGUAAUGAAGUUGUUUUUUUGAAAUUUGCGAAAGCAUCAGGUUUGAUGGCUUUUAUAAAUAGAAAGAUGUUUUUUUUUUGUCUUUUAGAUCUAAUUUUAAAGAUUUUAACGCUUUAACUUUUCAGGAACAUGCAGCAGAUCUUUCCCAUGCCGUCUGUAGUGUAAUACCUGGCUUAUCCAGGCUACUAUUGCCUCGAAUCAAUGCUCUAUCCCUAAUGGCAUCUUUAUCAUCCAUAGCUGUUUUCCUAACUGUAAAUUUAAUUGAUGCAUACGAAUGGAUCGAUGCCAUAAGCGCUGUUCUCCUAGCUUUAGCCGCUUUCUCUACAAUGAUGCCAUUAUCAACAUACACAGGAUUGAUUCUGCUGCAAACUGUGCCAGCACACGUUAGAAAUCAAAUAGACAGAUGUGUAGCUGAAGCCCAAACAGUGGAUGGAGUUCUGGAGUUGCGGGAGACCCACUUUUGGCAGAUUGACUUCAAUCAAAUCGCUGGUUCAGUUGAUGUUAGGAUAAGGAAAGAUGCAAACGAACAGUUGAUAUUGGCUUCUGUGACAGAGAAACUCAGUGGGUUGGUCAAUAUUUUAACUGUUCAGGUAAGUAAAAUGCUAUUUGUUUUGUUUACCUUAGGGUUUUUGCUUCAAAGCGUCCUUUAAUAAGCCAAGUUGGCAUGGUGAAAAUAAUUUAUUAACAAAAAUAAAAAAAGCCAAUUUUCCAUACAAAUUUUACACAUUUUCAGGUACUUAAAGACGUGACGACAUCCUGGAAGACACUUCAUUCAUCGGCGGGGCCACCACCAAUCCCAACACAGGUUUAUCAUCAUCCACAAGAACAACAUGGUCAUUCGCAUGAUCAUGGCGUACAUCAUCAUCAUUAG